AUGUCCUGCUUCGCGGGCUGCUUCGAAGGCAUCAAGAAAAGCCAGGACCUGGGCAAAGUCAAGCUGCAUUACUUCAACGUCUUCGCGAAGGGUCCGGCAAUCGCGCUUGCCCUGCACCAUGGCGGCCUGGAUUGGGAAGGCGUUUUCCCAUCUAACUGGAAGGACCUCAAGCCCACCACGCCCUUCGGCGAGCUGCCGAUUCUGGAGGUCCAAGGAAAGAUGAUCGGCCACGAGUUUGCCAUCUUGAGUUACCUCGCCAAGUGCUCGCCAGCUCUGGGCGGCGCCAACGAUGAGGAGUACCUCAUCUCGCUGCAGAUCGCUUCGCAGGCCGAGGACAUCUACCAGAAGUUGGGCAAGUACCAGAAUACCAUCGGCCAGAAGGACAAAUGCUCGGCCGACGAGCUCCGUGCCUUCUGGGAGGACACCGACACGGCCAAGCACAGCCGAGAGUAUGGCAUCCAUGCGUACCUCCAGUAUUUGGAGAAGUUCUACAUCAAGAUCGCCGGCAAAGGCGGCAACACUGGCAAGUUCACCGCUAGUGGCGUGUCGGUAGGCGAGUGCAAGCUCUUCACGAUGCUGCACUGCCUGGCGAUGAUCAAGCCCACAGUCCUUACGCCGUACCCCGGCCUGCAGAAUUUCUACAACCGCUUCAAGGCUCUGCAGAAGACCCAGGACACACGGUUGUGCGGUUGGCAGAAUCAUUAUUGGUAUUGUUGGCAGUAG